AGGGCACCAUGGAUAGUAGCAUCCACUUGAGCAGUCUGCUGAGUAGGCAUGAUGACGAAGCCACAAGGACGUCGACCUCGGAAGGGCUGGAGGAAGGUGAGGUGGAGGGAGAGACUCUGCUGAUUGUGGAAUCAGAGGAUCAGGCAUCGGUGGACUUAUCUCACGACCAGAGUGGGGAUUCCCUCAACAGUGAUGAGGGAGAUGUGUCCUGGAUGGAGGAGCAGCUGUCGUACUUCUGUGACAAGUGCCAGAAAUGGAUCCCAGCCAGUCAGCUGAGGGAACAGCUCAGUUAUCUUAAGGGCGAUAACUUUUUCAGGUUUACUUGUUCCGAUUGCUCUGCAGAUGGCAAGGAGCAGUCCGAGAGGCUGAAGCUGACAUGGCAGCAAGUGGUAAUGUUGGCAAUGUACAACUUGUCUCUGGAAGGAAGUGGACGUCAAGGCUAUUUCCGGUGGAAAGAAGAUAUUUGUGCUUUUAUUGAGAAACACUGGACCUUUUUACUAGGAAACAGGAAAAAGACUUCGACGUGGUGGAGCACGGUAGCAGGCUGCCUCAGCGUGGGAAGUCCUGUUUAUUUCCGAUCAGGUGCUCAGGAAUUUGGAGAGCCUGGGUGGUGGAAACUUGUGCAUAACAGGCCCCCAACAAUGAGACCCGAGGGAGAGAAGCUGUCCGCCUCCACAUUGAAAGUGAAAGCUUCAAAACCAAUGAUGGAUCCUAUCAUAACUGUUGAGGGACUCCGGAAAAGGGCAAGCCGGAAUCCUGUGGAAUCUGCCAUGGAAUUGAAGGAGAAGCGGUCCCGAACACAGGAAGCUAAAGACAUCAGAAGAGCGCAGAAGGAAGCUGCUGGCCUCCUGGACAGGAGCACCUCUUCUACCCCUGUCAAGUUCAUCAGCAGAGGCCGUAGGCCAGACAUGAUUCUGGAGAAAGGAGAAGUGAUUGACUUUUCGUCCCUUAGCUCCUCAGACCGCACCCCGCUCACAAGCCCGUCUCCUUCUCCCUCUCUGGAUUUCUCUGCCCCUGGGACACCCGCCUCACAUUCAGCCACACCGAGCUUGCUUUCUGAGGCAGACCUCAUCCCUGACGUGAUGCCACCCCAAGCCUUGUUUCAUGAUGAUGAUGAGCUGGAAGGAGAUGGAGUUAUAGACCCAGGGAUGGAGUACAUCCCACCUCCAGCUGGCUCGGCGGCUUCUGGGCUGGUCGGGAGCAGAAAGAAGGUCAGAGCUCCCGAGCAGAUAAAACAGGAGGUGGACAGCGAGGAGGAGAAGCCAGACAGGAUGGAUGGAGAUAGCGAAGACACAGAUUCGAACACUUCUUUGCACACUAGGGCUCGAGAAAAGAGGAAGCCACCCCUGGAGAAGGAUGUGAAGCCCAAGGGGCCCAGGUAUACACCUGUAAGCAUCUACGAGGAGAAGCUGCUGCUCAAGAGGCUGGAGGCGUGCCCCAGUGCAGUGGCCAUGACCCCAGAAGCGCGGAGGCUGAAGCGGAAACUGAUUGUCAGGCAAGCGAAGAGGGAGCGAGGUUUACCCCUGUUCGACUUGGAUGAGGUUGUGAACGCUGCACUUCUGUUGGUUGAUGGGAUGUAUGGAGCCAAGGAUGGAGGCGCGUCCCGGCUCCCAUCUGGACAAGCUACAUACCGGACCACCUGCCAGGACUUCAGGAUCCUGGACCGGUACCAGACAGCCUUGCCAACCAGGAAAGGAUUCCGGCACCAGACCACUAGGUUUUUGUAUCGUUUGGUGGGCUCAGAAGAUCUGGCUGUGGAUCAAAGUAUUGUCAGCCCUUAUACUUCUCGGAUCUUGAAGCCGUUUAUCAGGCGUGAUUAUGAGACCAAGCCACCCAAACUACAGCUCCUGUCACAGAUUCGUUCCCACGUGCACAGGAGUGACCCUUACUGGACAGCUGAGCCUGAUGCGCCUCUCGAUUACUGCUACGUCCGACCACACCACAUCCCAACGAUCAACUCCAUGUGUCAGGAGUUUUUCUGGCCUGGCAUUGACCUCUCUGAGUGUCUGCAGUACCCAGACUUCAGUGUCGUAGUCCUUUAUAAAAAGCUCAUUGUUGCCUUCGGCUUCAUGGUUCCAGACGUGAAGUACAACGAAGCUUAUAUCUCAUUUCUUCUUGUUCAUCCGGAAUGGAGAAGAGCGGGGAUUGCCACAUUCAUGAUCUAUCAUCUGAUUCAGACAUGCAUGGGCAAGGAUGUGACGCUUCACGUCUCCGCAAGCAACCCUGCCAUGCUGCUAUAUCAGAAGUUCGGCUUCAAGACUGAGGAGUAUGUUCUGGAUUUCUAUGAUAAGUAUUACCCACUGGAAAGUGCAGCGUGUAAGCAUGCAUUCUUCCUGCGGCUCCGACGCUGAGGUGAACCCAGUUCUUCCCAGAGGACCGUGGAUGCUGUCAGAGAAUGGGCCUUCAGGAGCAGUGCGGGCCCUGCUGUCCUGUGAGUGAUAGCCUCCACAUGGCCCAGCUACCUGAGUGGAAGCCAUGCGCAGUGGAACAAGUAGGCAGCUUUUCCAUCCAGAAACCCUCCAGCCCGUCCUGGAGUGGCUUUCCAGCAGCAUCCUGGACUCCGCUGUUAGCCAGCAGCAAGUGACUCUGCCAUCCUCUUUCCACACAGUAAUGAAUGAGCACACAAGAGCUUCUGAACUGAAGUGUUUGCCCGAGGGCCUGCUUGUCCUGUGUUAGCACUCAAGAAAUGUGAAAGGUGUUGAAGAUCCGCAGUGCCCACACAGCCCUCUGCUGUCCUAGGAAGAGAGAUUAUAAGGUGUGAGGACUGAAUCCAGCCCUGUUCCUAGCCUGUGGUGUGCUGUCAUUGAAUUCCAGAGGACUCAUGGGACACUGAAGCCCUUUUGUCUCUUGCUGACUUUGGUCCCAGUCAGGAACAGUGUACUCAGUGUCCUUCUCCAUGCUGCUUUACCUGAUCUACCUGUCAGCAUCUCCUUGCAGGGAGAGUGACCUGGUACAAGGAGUUCACUCUGGGAAGUAGCUUCAGUUGUUCCAUGCCUUCCCUGGCCCUUCCGGUGCUCGGGACAGUUGCUCCACCAGAAUGGAGGAGCGGGGUGGCGCAGGCAGAGCUGGAAGCCCUGUCUGCAGAAUGAAGCUGCUUCCUGUGUUGCAGAGGUUGGAAGUGGACCCAGUGAGUGCAUUUCUAAAAGCAUCAGAUACUCUCAAAUAAAAAUCUUUUAUCCUGUAACAGCUCACAGCCAAGGCUUCUGCCCAGUUGUUUGCACUCAGCUUGUGUCUGAUGAGGAGCAGAGGCUUCUUUCUUGCUCUGUGGCCUUUGGGUUGGUUUGAGAAUCCAGAAGGAGCUGAAUGCUUUCUAGUACACUGGCCUGCAUAUCUAAACCUUUACCCUGUGGCACACUGUUUGGAUCCUCUGCUCACAGGCUCCAUCUGCAGCUCGAAUCCCUGCGUUGAUGGGAAUGUUGCUCUGUCACUUUGAGAAUCUCUGUUUGUUUGAGAAUUCAGAGCAGCACCAUCUAGCGUCUUUUUGUUUUCUUCCUUCCUCCCAAGCACCUCCGGCCUUUUAAAGGUUUCUGUUGAUGAUGGCUCAUAAGUCCUGGCCAAGUCACUUUUCUGUUGCUCUGAUGAGACACAGUGACCAAGGCAACUAGUAGAAGAGUUUAUUGGGCUUACAGUUCCAGGGUUUAGAGUCCACAACCAUCAUGGGAAGGAACAUGAUGGCAGCAGGCAGACACAGCACUGAAACAGAGCUGAGAUUCAUGCCUUGACACACAAGCAUGAAGCAGAGAGAAAGCUAACUGGGGUGGCAUGGGCUUUUGACGUCUCAUGGUAGCACACCUCCUCCAACAAGCCGACACUUCCACCAACUGGGGAACAACGAGUCAAAUAUGUGAGCUGAUGGGGCCACUCAUCAGCCCCAUGAAGUAAAAUUGAGGAAGCCACAUGUCCCAAACCUGGAGACCAGCUUGCAACUGUCUUAGGUGAAUGUCAAGCACGGGUGUGACAGAAUGGCUCAAGGGCACUGUCUCCAGCUCCCUGGUGCUGAGGAAGGCUAUGAUUGCUUUAAUUCUAUUCCACAUCUGUUUUAAGGUCUUUACCUUUCUCUUUUAUACAGUGUAGCUUUAUCUUUGCCUGUUUUACAUAUUUCUAAAGAUGAUUUUUUAUGUGAUGAGUGUUAAAAGUAAAUGCCAGGUAAUGUGAUUGCGCCCUCACCACUUAUUCAGGUAGGUAUCCCUGACAAUUACAGAUGAUUUUUUAUCACCUCACAUUGAUGCUUACUGUCAAUCUGUAUUAGUCAGUGUUUGCAAAGGGAACAGAACUGAUGAGAUGAAUACACACAUAUAUGGCAGAAACAUUUAUCAAUUAUUAUUACAUAUAUCUAUAUCUAUGUAUAUAGAUCUAUGCACAUGUAUGUAAGAAGGGGCUGGAUUACUUAGACUGGCUUACAGAAUGUGAUCUGUGUAGUCCAGCAAUGGCUAUCAUGAUGUUUCGAAAGGCUGAGACUCUGGUAGUUCACUUCCAAAGGCUGGAUCACUUUGCAUUCCCUAUCUGGUGCUGGAGUGCUAGAUUUAUGGAGCGCUGCCAGUCUGUAUUGGAAUCCUGAAGAAGUUAGAUUUAACACUGGCCACAGCAACAGGAUAGACGAGCUGGCCAGCAAGAGUGAAGGCAAGCAGGCAAAAAGCCAAGCUUCGUUUUUUCAUGUCCUCCUACAUGGGCUGCCACCAUAAGUGAGAUCCAGAUUUAGGGUGGGUCCCCUUCAGAUAAUGUGAUGAAGAAAAUCCCUCACAGGAGCACCCAGCAGAGGCCCCCAGCAUCCUCAAGCUCACAAGGUUAGCCAUCACGUCUUGACACACACCCACUUCUUAUGUAAUGCUUAAUUUACAAAUGAAAACAAUAACCAGCUCAUAAUUCUGCCCCACGUGCAGCUGCAGAUAUAUCUUAUUUUAACAUAGGUGGCCAAGUCCUUUGAGGAAUACUUAGUCUUUUGAUUCUGAUUCAGAUUUACAGUACUUAAACACUGUUAUCUCAAUGUUACAUUAAAUGAUAAUAGACGAAAGAACACAAAUACCUGUUUAAUAUAUGUGUCUAUAUGCACAAACACAUUCUUAAC